CAUUCUCUCUGCGCGGCGCAGCAGAAAGACGCACAGCAACUUACGCACAAAAAAACAGAAAGCACAGAAAUGGGAAAAAUCUACCAGGUGGUUGUGGAUGGGUUGAGGGGAGAGAAGAUGAUGAUCGACCUGUGCAACACGGAUGAACAGUUUAAGACCAUGACGGUGCUGCAGCUGAAGGAAAAGAUAGUAGAAAAACUUCCCGGCACCGCUGGAGAGGAGGCUCUGCGGCUGAUCUUCGCGGACAAGAUGCUGGACGGAAACGAUCAGCUGCUGACUCACUUUGGAAUCCAGCACAUGUCCGUCAUCCGGACGGGGAUGCGGCUUCCUGGAGGAAUGAUCGCUUGACCAAGACCAACUCCCCCUGCUGCUGUUCGCACGUUUCUUAAGCAUCUCCGUUUUAUUGGAGUUCUUAUUUUAAUAUUGCCAUGUUU